AUGGCAACCAUUUACGUUAUUGUAAUAUCGGAGCUUGGAGAUAAAACUUUCUUCAUUGCUGCCAUACUCUCCAUUCACCAUCCUCGUCUGGUGGUGUAUCUAGGGGCCAUGUUCGCUCUGACUACCAUGACUGUCCUUUCAGGUAGUGAUUGACCUUGUUUACCCUACCCACCUAGCUCUUCUUGGGUAUGCUACGGAAAUCCUGCCGAGAGUAUACACAUUUUAUCUGUCCGGGGCCCUCUUUAUUAUAUUUGGGGCCAAAAUGCUGUAUGAUGGUCUGCACUUUUACUCACAAUCAUCGUUUUAGCAUACUCAAUGUCUCCUGGCGAUGCGAACGAGGAGUACCAAGAGGUUGAACAGCAAAUUGGGAGUGCUGACGUCAACUUAGGGUCGUCGAGCCAUGUUCGUAUACGCGCCUUGUUGCGAAAGGUUCUGUCGCCCAUUUUCGCAGAGGCUUUUUUGAUGACUUUCUUGGCCGAGUGGGGUGAUCGGUCCCAAUUAACUACUAUUGUGCUGGCUGCACGCGAGGUGCGUUUUCGUAAACUGUUGGCUGUGGCUACUGAAUGCUUAUUUGUUUGUUUGGGACAAUUUUAUAGGUUAUUUUUGCACUUCUGAAAGCGAUGCCAGUAGGGCGUUCAGUGGAAAUUGGGGCAUACGACCUUUACACAUAAGCCUUACGUGUCCUUUGCUGGGUAGUGCAGUAUCGUAAAUUUUACACAUCGCGAUUUGCUUAACUUCACACACUUUAGUCGUUCUGACGACUACGCCCAAUAGAGCUCUGUUUGGUCGCCCCGCCAGUCAUUCAGUUGUGCUCUCUAGGUGUUAAUUCUGAACGACACAUGACUUUUUUAGCUCUUCAGUGAGCUGGUUCAUUCCUCCCCAUCUCUUCUGUCUUUACGGGGAGGAUGGAAUUGACGACGUUGGAACUUUUAUUAUUGGUAGCUUCGAUGUACAGUGGCAGUCUGCAAGUAACCUAAAAGUAGAUAAAGCCAUAACUGGGUACGGGUUCUCGCGGCUUUCGUAUUUACUCUGAAUUGCUCAGUCCGUUGGGCCUUAAGGCCAACGCUACCAAUAACAAAACUUGUAUGUUGGCAUCCGGUCGCGGGUGUUAUUAUAUGCAUUGAAAAAUAAUGAGAGAUCGAACUAACCUUUUCCUUGAAAUUGCUUUCUUGAGUUUUAUCAUCAAGAUGUGGUCUGUGCUUUAAUCUGCAGACAGUUAUCGGGAUAAAAUAUUCAAAUGGAGGUAGCUGUGAACCAGAAACGUCCAUUGUAGAGAGUAAGCAGCCACGCGAGGUCCUCGUUCUCAAUUUCUUCAUGUGAACCGUUGAUGACUUACAGUCAUCAAAGCUUUUUUAUGCUGGAGCCGAUUACUGCAAUCUUUUACCAUUAAAGACUGUCGCCAGUCCGGGUGACUGAAAAGUCUUUGUUCGGUUCUUCUCCUGAUCCCUAGCUAGCUUUUGAUCAUUUACGAGCGCGUCAUUUUUCGCUAGAUUGGGACCAAACAAAACAGAAAGCUGCCAUGCUUUUCUUUGUCCGAAAGUUGCAACUUUAGCUAUGAUUAGUACUUUCUUCCAAAAGUCUUAGUAAAACUACCUACCUGCAGUUCAAAAUUAUCCUGUUUUGCGCCGAUUAAGACAUAGUACAUUGUAGUAAUUACAACUACUUUGUUAACUUAAGACUCGAAAUCUCAUUCUUCUCAAACAGUCUGCUUUGUUCCACAUUCAUCCAUCAGAAUGUUCUCGGAGUCAUCACUGGUGGAAUUCUUGGACAUGGUAUUUGCACGGGCCUGGCCGUUUUAGCGGGAAGAGUGGUAGCUCAAAAAAUUUCCGUCAAGUGGCGUAAGUUAAUAGUCUUUUUUGGAAACCCUUCUAAUCGGAUCUCUUAUUACAAGUACGCUUAUCCUUUUGGUUCCCUAGUCUAAAUUCGUCCUAUCUUAUUUUCCUAGCAAUUUUAUCUUUGUCGAUUAUUCAUCCCCAGGCCUGUACAGUAAAUCAAAUAGGUUGUGGUAAAGUAGCAAAAGUAGAAAACAGAUAAUUAACAGUAAUCGUUUCGGGGAAAGGGUUGAGGACGUUCAGACGUGUCAGGUAUCAUGGGGAGGGGAGGUAAUUGUAGCUUAUUCCUCUCUGGGAAAUGGGAAUGGGAGAAUGUCAUCGAGUUAUAUUUAUGUUUCGUCUGUGUAACGCGACGUGGCAGGAUGCGAGAACAAACAUGUGGUACUCAGCUUUGGCCAGUAGAACUUAAAUGCUUUUCCGAACGCCUUCUGCGAGUAUGAGGUUGCGUUGGCCAGCCGUAUGGCCACUGCCUCUGCUUUCCCCAGCGUUCGCUGACUCAGGAACCUUAUAAAUGACUCGAAAUACUUGAUUGACGUCUAACUGGUGGCUGCUGUCAACCGCGUGAGUCACGAUUGCGCCAGAAAGGAACCCUUCACUGCCAGGCAGGAUGAUGCUCCCGCAUCCGCUUGGGUAGGUGUUUAGUCGCUUGACCAAUGUAAGCACAUCCGGCAACCGAGCACUGCCGAGACCCUGAGCAGAGAAAUCCGGUCCUGUUUUACGACCCCAGCCGACGGAGAUGGCAGUAACCAGUGGUCGUCACUGAAAACAUCGGUUUUUGGUGCAGCUGGGAAAAUCCUUGGGUAUACCCAGCGACACCGCAGUGACUGGAUCAGCCGAAGAACCCUGCAGUUGUCUACUCAGACAGCUCGAGCCAGGCCCUGUGAUGAUGAUUCCCUCCGCCAACUGCGGAUGACGCAAAAUCGGCCAGGAAUGACAGGUGGAAAAGUUGGACCGAGAUAGCGACCUCCAUGGAACAGGCCUCGAACGUUGGUGACACUCGAAACCUACCAACUUAUCCAUCAAGUUAGUGGUAAGUCCUCUGCCCUGAGUGACUGUUCGAGACGUGAAUUGUGGCUUUAUUGCUGACAACUCGGCUAAAGUCGAGUACUGGCGUGAGCAAUUCGAACAUCAUCUUAACUUCGAUGCCCAACCCACAACGGCCUUGCUCUCCUCUGCUGCAUAGUCUCUUCCCUCUCCAAUCUAUGCAGUGUCAUACGACCCACUUUCUGAAGAAGAAGUUGCUGAUGCCAUACAAAGGCUGAACAACAACAAGGUACCCGGAGAGGACGUUAUACCCGCUGAAAUCUAUAAGUCUUGUGUUGACACUGACGCCCUGUCUCCAUGAGAUAAUUGAACAAGCGUGGAGACGAUAUUGCUCCGGAUGAUUGGAUCUCGGGCAUCCUUCUACUUAUCCUCAAGAAUGGAGAUAAGACGAAAUGCGAGAACUACCGCGGCAUAAGCCUCAUCGGCGUUGCUGCGAAGAUCUUCGCUAUUGUCCUCAGGCGAUUCCAGGCUGUACCCAACCAAGUCAAGUUCCGUGCCGGAUGUGGAUGUGCGCACCAGUGUUGUAGCUAGGACCGUAGCAGGCACACGAGAUGGCAAGGACAAACAAAUAUGGAUGCAACAGUCAGAACGAGAAUACCCUAUAACAGGGCUUUAUUCAUCUUACAAUUGACGUACUGGUACUAAGACGAGAAAUAGAAAAGUAGUAGAUAAGAUGGAAUUUAGCCAGGGGCCUAUGUUAGCAUGACAACCAGGUAUUCACACUGAGGUGCACUCUCGAAUUCCGCCAUAGGUACCAGCAACCGAUGGUCGACUGUUUUGUUGGCUUUGCCUCAAUGUUCGAUCCCGUCCAUCGUGCGUCCCCGUGGCGGAUAAUGACACUAGAUGGUGUACCGCCAAAAAUUGUUGCCAUGAUCUAGGCUUAUUACCUCUCCGCCACUGCGCGAUUUCGGGUCCAUAACAAAAUUUCUCAGCCGUUCUGGCGUCAGACAGGGUUGUAUCGUGGCGCCCAUUCUGUUGAACUACGCUGUUGACUGGAUUCUCGGGAGGGCCUUACACGGAGAUGACGGUGUUGAGGUUCCCACCCGGACACCGACUGACUGAUCUCGGCUAUGCCGAUGAUAUCUCCUCACUUGCUUCAAGUUUUGAUGCUCUGCAGUCAAUGGUGUCACGGGUGAACGAGGCCGUUAAAUCGGUCGGUUAGUCCAUGAACGCUGAAAAGGCCAAAGUGUUUUCAGGCUGCAUGCCUGACCAGGAAAAGGCACAUCUCGGGAUUAAUGUCUUUUAACUUGAAGAAGUAGACAGUUUUAAAUACCUCUGGACGAGAUUGCUUCCGAAUGAACAGAGUAGGGACGAUAUCGCCUCCUGAAUUAAUUCUGCCCACCGGGUUUUCUCAAGCCAUAAAAAAUGUUUAUGACGCGAGAUCUCCAUCGCUAAAAUGAUUCGCGUAUACGGUACAUCCGUCCAGCCUAUCCUUAUGAUUAUGAAUGCUGGACUGUACGCGUGGAAGACGAGAGAAAACUGGAGGUAUUUGACCAAACCCCUUACUGGCAUGACGAGCGCAGUCCCAGUGCUUACGUUUGUGGUCAACCGAGUCGGUCAUUCGUAACCCUCAAAUAGGGACGGACAGUCCUUUUUCUCUUGCCAAGCUUGCAAAUGGCAGAUUGCGGACUGUAUUUCACUCUUUCCUCUCAUUCUCUUACAUUUCGCUGCAGCAGUAGUGACCUCUGGAGUUAAAGCGUCAGUGGUCUAUUUAUUCACGUGUACUUUCUAUUUUACACGCCUUUAUAAUGCCUUAAUUAACGCACACCCAUGCAGACAGUCCACUACAUAGUUGCGACAUGUCGACUACGUGUACAUGCAUUUGCGCUGGCCCCUGUAUCGGGCUCUAAUACACUCAAUGCUUGCCUCCUAAACUACCCGUAUUGCAUUGUAACCCUCUACGCUCUACGCUCUUUUAUCCACAGACUAACUUUCGAACAUCGCAUAACUUCACCAAUUCGAGAGAGUUUUCUCCGACAGUGUCUCCCAAGACUCCUGAAACACUGAUGGAUUUUUCACUCACCAUUAAGUGAAAAUAGUUAGUUAGGAAGGGAGGGGAGGUUACAAAAAUUAUUGACGAAGAAAAUAAUCCCAAGAUAGCAUGCUGAGCUUUUGCUUGGUGUCUUUGCUGCCACCAGUGCAAACUGCACUUGAAAAAACAGCCACUGCAUGAGUAUGAUUAUUUUUUACGAAUGGUUGGUGUUUGUAUGAACUGUAUCAUAUAUUACAGGAACAACGUGCAACAAGUUCCUUUGUCACACGCACAUUCAAGGCGAUUGCGUGUAAUAAAAGCGCUUUUUAUUUAAAAAAAAAAAGGUUUAUGGGCCUCGACGACCGCACCAUCGCAUGCAUGGAAACCAAGAUAUUACCACCAGUUUCGAAAUUUGGAGCAAUCAUAGCUUUAUAUUAAGACUUCAUUAAUGAAGUGCGAGCUGCUUUAUACAGCUAUAGAAAAUCAAUGGAUGCUUACAUACUAAGUAAGUAGUCUUUGCUGAGUGCAAUUUUGACAGGUGGCUGGGACGCUGUUCAGUAGAAAGCCAGUAUUCUACCAUGGGGGAACCAUCCCGAGAUUGUGUUCUGUGCUCGUUUUUAAGGCUCACUGAAGUGAUUUUGUCCGUUCAAAAGCAUACCGGAAGAGUUUGCUCUAGGCGUCACGCGUCCUGGUACAUACCAUACACCCCAGACCAUCUGAUAAAAAUGAUUUCCUAUUUGGCCUUUAGGGCCUGUCGACCUUUGCUUUAGGAACCAAUUCGGUUAUCAUGAGAAUCGACCUUCCGACAGAUUUUCGCCAAGGACUAAAAACUUUCGGUGCGGAUGACGCAUGUCAAGUUAUUUUUUGACUUUAAAGCACCAGCGUUCUAUUUCGUUCCUAGCCUGUUGUUCCAUAGCACAAGGAAACCACUUUUUCUGCAUGGACGGUAAUGUUUCUAGUAUCGCCUCUGUGUUUUUCAUUUGACGUACGAUUGUGGUUCUAAUAUAUGUAUACUUGAGCGUGGACCUAGUCUGUUGUUUUAGUUCGGUAGCAGGAACCCGGACCCCUAUUUUCCGCAAGCCAUCUCGAAAAUGGCCUGUCUCCCAUGGAGGCAUUAAAUUUCGUGACGUCCUUUUCUAGCGUUCUUCAGACUUACCAUCUCGAAGAUGUUUAUCAUUCUGGACGGCCAGGCGGCAACAGAGCGCGCAUUUCAUAUACUUUCCUCUCCAUGCCGAUCCAGUGCAAGUGUCGUAAAAGGUUUUUCUUCUGGCUCACUCACCCGCAUCGGUCACACGCGCCGCAUUCUCUUUUUCAUGCUCGCUUGUUGGUGCGCUUUCUACAAGUUUGAUUAUUACAGGUGUGCCUCGCGAGACAUGUAGUUGACACGUCAUCGACUCACCUACACAGUUUCUUUAUUCUGCUGCGUCAACUCUACCCGUCGUUGUUGGCAGUUCCGUCGUCUUCUGGUCCACCUACGUCGGCCGCCAAGUCAUUUUAGCAAUGCGUUUCCGGUCUUCCUAAGUUGCACUUACGGUGCUGAUUAUGGAGGUGAAAGGCCUGGGCCGGCCAAGUUGUCCAAAUUAAAUACCAAAUUCUCCUUUCGUAACAAUUAUUGCUAAUUUAAACUUUUUAAGCCCUCUUUGGUUUUCGUCUCUGUUCUGUCUUGGUUGGCAUUCGUAGUCGUGCUUUCCCUUGUAACGGCGCAAUGCAUGCUGGACUGUAGUGAUAAGACACUGGUUUGCCUCUCCAAUCUUCGCCGAUUAUCUGUCUAUUCAAAAUCCAGCAGGCCCAAUCGUAAUUUCUAGUGCGUUCUAGCGCGUUAAAUUCCUUUAGUUCACACCAGGGAAUUUUCUGUAGACAAAGGGAGUCAUUGUUUUUCCUCGUCGCAAUAACCGAUUUCUGAUACUUACCCCUCUUUCGAAUUCGGAAUUGGGGUUUGGUGUCUUUAGCAAAUGUUUUCAAAAUGAAAAAAGCUGGAGUAGCAACUUAACACAUGGAAUUUUGUACCAGUCUGGAUCUGAAACUACAGGACCUCAGCAGUAUGUGUCAUACUGUUAUAGAAAUUCCACUUCGUCCUCCAUCAAAACGUGACACCCAGUAGUGUUUUUGACCCAAACACAUCAAACACUGAACUCUUGCUAUUGAUGACCCAGGGUUUCUUCAUUCUCCAUGGGCUAUUCACUUGUUCUACUCCUCGAAAAGGGCUCCAAUUUUGUCGAAUCUAUUUGUACUUAAGCGCAGUCGGCAGUUUGUCUCUUGUCACAUAAGAGAAGUUCUGUUUCCAUUGGCCUCUUGCCAUAUUUGAUUUUUCGUAAAAACUGAAACAAUCAAAAGGGGUGAUACAAUAAAGAUCCCUUUAUGAAAGAGCCUGGUAGCAUUUCACUCUUACGAUACAGUGCGUGUAAUAAUUUGCCAGCGGUCGCCAAUUAUUGUCUGAUGCCGUGGUGGAUCGGCUUCCAAAACUGAGAAUCGAAUGUGAGAGAGAAAAUCCUGUCGCCGUUCUACUACAUUGGAACCAGGCCUAACCUCGGUUUAGCAAGAAAAUUCCAGGCAGUUCUGAGCAGAAGCAUAACUCUCAGCUAUUUAACCUCAACCACUGCGAUCAGGGCCAAGUCAUGAUUAACGGUAAAAAGUUAUGUACGGCCGGUGGUAGGGGGUUCAUUCUGUACAGCAUCUCUGCCGCUUUCUGAAACUAUUGACUGCUGAUGAGGCCACAGCACGUGAUGCAUCCAGUCAUGAUAAGGGCGGAGGGGGAUUGUGUUUAGGUCAGUUUCUUUUAUAGAUUUACGGGAACAGCUCCAGAGAUCUCAUAUUCUAAUGCGCGUGCAUUACGCCACAUAAGGUCUCGACACCUGUGAUUCUGUGUUGAAUUUAGCAGAGACAUUUGGUCGGACUGUAAGAUCAGGUCAUCUGAGUGCCUUCGUAAUGAGGGCAAAUCACACUGACGCCGCAGGGAUUUGAACAAGGUGCCUUAUGCCACUUUGACUCUUAACUCUCAAUCAAACAGCAUGUACCUCCCAGCUCUAAUCUGACUUACCUGUUUGACUGCACUACAGUUUUUUUGCUUUGACCUAGUUCUUCCACUUAAAGGUAUUUUGUUUCGAUUACAAAAAUGAAUAUGACUACUGCUGGUCUACCCGACCUCGGUGUCUCACAUACUGCGUCUUCGUGCAUGAUGAUUUGGUGAGGCGAACAUGGCCAUCCUGCCUCGCUCUUCAAUGUUCAAGACUGUUUACACAUAGCACAAGUACUACUUCGGUGUCUUUUCAAGGCUUUCUAAGCCUUUGCUCUAGUUGACCACUUCUGUCUUGCGCUUUGUUUUGCGUGGAAGCAUUGGAGCGGUGGGCUGGAUGCUUUUUCAAAGUCCCUCGGGCUUUCUUAAAUUUUCCAAAGCACUGCACAGGCCAUUUAAAAGGCGAGUUGCUGGCGAUGGCUAUGUGCUAUCGUUGUAUCAAAGGCCUAUUCUCCGCAGUCUGAAGUGUUUUGGAAACACAGUUCCAGGUGUCACCCGAAGGACAGUUUUAAAGAAGCCAUGGUCAAACAUCUCUUGGUUCCGUUUGCCUCCCAAACGUGACCCAGAAUUCACAACCGUCCGCGCUUUAGUCACUCCUGGUGCACUAUGCUCGAGGCUGCGCGAACCUUUCUUCUGACAACCGCAGCUGACUAUUACUUAACGAAAUCGUCUUUUUUUAUUUAACCACUUAGGCAAGUUCAUGGUCUGAUGAAAGUUUGUGUAUCAACUAAGGCUCUUUUGAUGACGUUACUUCACACAAUCGUUCUUACCGGGCAGGCGGACAAUCUGCUUGCGGGCUUUUUCAGCUGACUAACUGGUAGGCACUUUUUUCAAGCAACUCCGAUACCGUGGAUACUGACCGCUGCGCUUCGUACAGGCAGCUCAACUCAUCGCUUUACUUCUAUCACCAUCUCGUCCUCAGUGUUCUUAGGCGGCAUGAACAAAGAAGGAUGUCUUCAUUUGUAUAGUGCUUUGCGCAGGCGUAGACAUUGGCCAGUUUAUCAGCCGCUUACACUGCAUUUCGUCGUUCUGCUCCUUCGAAUGUGCAACGCCAACACCCUUCAGAAACGUUGAUCUUUCAAAGUUGAGUGUUAAGCUGUUUUACCUAACUUCAUGAGUCUCGAAGUUUUUUCUAAUAGUUUCUUUCCAUUAUAGUAUUACAGUACUUUGUGUUCACUUAAUCUCUUUCAUGCUUUUUCUCUCUCUCUCUCUCCUAGUGACUUUUAUCGGAGGUGUGACCUUUAUCUGCUUCGGAAUAUUCACAUUCGCGAGUGAUCCUUAUGUUAAGUAG